AUGAAAAAGAUCUUUCAGAACAACCACGCUGAGGUUGCUCCGCCAUUGCUAGAAAAUGAGGAAUGCUGGUAUCUGCCGACUUUCGGAGUCUUUCAUCCACAGAAGCCACACAACAUACGCGUGGUGUUUGACUCAAGCGCAAAGCACUCAGGGAUGUCUCUGAACGACACUCUCCUCAAAGGCCCGGACCUAAACAACUCCCUUCCCGUUCUCUCUGUGGCCAUCUAUGGACUCAGGAGAGCUAUCCAGGAAGGGGCACACAAACAUGGAGCAGACACAGUCAAGUUCGUUGAGCGCCAUUUUUAUGUUGAUGAUGGCCUCAUCAGUGUGCCAACAGACAACGAAGCCAUAAGCCUCCUCCAGAGAACUCAAGCCUCGCUCAGUGAGUCAAACUUGAGGCUGCACAAGUUCGCUUCGAACAGCAGCGCUGUCCUGCAAGCGUUCGCCCCAGAAGAUCGAGCAGUUCUCAAAGACUUGGACCUCAGUGCUGAAGCUACUCCAGUGCAACGUAGCUUAGGCUUGCUAUGGGUAACCACUGCGGACACCUUCACAUUCAAAGCAUCUGAAGACAAAAAGCUUUUCACGCGCAGAGGUGUUCUGUCUACGGUGAACAGUAUAUUUGAUCCCCUAGGCAUGCUCGCCCCUGUAACCAUUGAGGGCAAACAUCUGCUGAGAGAGUUCUGUGCUGACAAGUGUGAUUGGGAUGCUCCCCUUCCUGAAGGAAAGCUAAAACAGUGGGAAUUUUGGAGGGACUCUCUACAAGAUUUGAACAAGCUGCACAUCCCAAGAGCAUAUACUCCUACGUCUCUCUCUAAAGUUGAACACAAAGAGCUGUGUGUGUUUUCCGAUGCGUCUGUCAAAGCCAUUGGAGCCGUGGCGUACCUCAAGACGAUUCAAGCUGAAGAACAAGUCAAUGUUGGAUUCAUUCUCGGAAAGGCUAAACUAGCUCCACUCUCCCAACCAACGAUCCCACGUUUGGAACUGUGCGCUGCGGUAUUGGCUGUGGAGGUUGCUGAUCUCAUCCAAGAUGAACUGGACUUGAAGCUGGACUCUGUCAAAUUUUUCUGUGACAGCAAAUUUGUCCUCGGAUAUAUUCACAAUCGGACUAAACGCUUCCAUGUCUACGUUCACAACCGAGUCCAACGCAUCCAUCAGUCUACAAAACCAAACCAGUGGUUCUACGUUCGCACCGAUGACAAUCCUGCGGACCACGCAUCCAGGUCGGUUCCAGCAGCAUACCUUACACGGACCACAUGGUUCACUGGACCAGCUUUUCUGCACAAACCAAAACUUGGUCCUGAAAACACAUCAGAAACCUUUGAACUUGUAAAUCCUGAAACAGAUACAGAGAUACGAGCUGAAGUGAGCAGUUAUUUGACACAAACUCAAGAGAAGUGUUUUGCCACACGUUUCCAACGCUUUUCAUCUAUGCAUUCACUCACCAGAGCAAUAGCAACUCUCAUCCAUGCGAUCAAGACUUACAAACAAAACAAGUCUGACACACACAAGGUAGUCCAGCAGUGCAAGCUUCCAUGUACUUCUGAUGAGUUGGCUCAAGCUAGACAUGUCAUUAUCAAAGCGGCUCAAGAAGAGUUUUUCUCACAAGAAAUGGUGGCUCUGGCAAGCAAUCAACCUGUGCCCAGAAACAGUGCACUUCAAAAGCUUAAUCCAGUUCUAAAAGAGGACUUGAUUUGGGUCGGUGGCAGACUUAAACAUGCUCAGAUAAACGCAACAGAACGGAACCCGAUCAUCUUGCCAAAGAACAGUCACAUUUCCCUGCUUCUAGUGAGACAAUACCACAAACAAGUCAAACAUCAAGGUCGUCACUUUACCGAAGGCGCCCUCCGAGCAGCAGGCUACUGGAUCAUUGGAGGAAAACGACUCAUCGCCUCAGUUUUGCACAAGUGCGUGACAUGUCGACAGCUGCGUCGUAAAGUAGAACAACAGCUCAUGGCAGAUCUGCCGCCAGAACGCUUGCAAGUGUCCCCUCCCUUCACGUACGUUGGAGUGGACGUGUUUGGGCCCUGGCCAGUCAUUUCCAGGCGCACUAGAGGUAGCCACGCUGAGAACAAACGGUGGGCUAUGCUCUUCUGCUGCAUGAGUUCACGGGCUGUCCACAUCGAGGUCAUCGCUUCCUUGGACACCUCCAGCUGCAUAAAUGCACUCAGGAGGUUCUUCGCAAUACGUGGACCUGUCAAGCAGAUCCGAUCAGACUGUGGAACAAACUUUGUGGCAGCAGCCAAAGAGCUGGGGCUGAGCCAGAAAAAUCCAAAUGUGUCAAUGCAGAAGUUUUUAAGUGAGCAGAACUGUGAGUGGGUGUUCAAUCCACCCCAUGCUUCCCACAUGGGGGGGUCCUGGGAAAGGCUUAUCGGACUUUCAAGACGCAUCCUGGACGCUAUCUUGCUCAAAGACAACAUUCAGCUCACCCACGAUGUUUUGUGCACUCUAAUGACGGAAGUAUCCGCAAUCAUCAAUGCCAGACCCCUGGUUCCAGUCCCAAACAAUCCAGACUCACCUUCCAUUCUCUGCCCUGCCAUGAUUCUCACACAGAAAGUGGGAGUCCCACCACCCCAAGGAGAAUUCACAAACAAAGAUCUCUACAGCAAACAAUGGAGACAAGUCCAAGCUUUCGCGGACGAGUUCUGGCGUCGCUGGCGUCAGGAAUAUCUUCCAACUCUACAGACUCGAAGGAAAUGGACUGAAAUGAGAAGGAAUGUCAAAGAAGGAGACAUUGUGCUCAUGAAAGACUGUCAAAAUGCACGCAACAACUGGCCAAUGGCGAAGAUUACUGCUGUUUUUCCUGGAAGUGAUGGAAGAGUCAGGGAAGUUCAACUCCAAACAUCAGAGCAGGGAACUUUAAAGACUUUUAAGAGACCUAUUUCGGAAAUAGUUGUUCUUUUGCCAAUAAAUUAAUGUUUAAAGUUUGCUAAUGUUCCAUAGUGACCUUAUCAGGCCAGGCGGGGAGUGUUCUGCCUUUCAGGCACGUUUCAAUGCAUUUUAAUAGAAGGACUUUUAUUUUGAAACUACCACUCUUAUUUUGACGGGCCUCGCAGCAACCGGACGUGCUGAGGAGAGAGUUUCCUCUGAGAUGCAGACGGCAGACGCAGGCAGAGAGGAGACCACAAAGCACAGACUGUUUGACACGCAAAUAACUAAGCACAAAUCAGUUCCACUCCGGGCAGAAGCAACGCCUUUUCACUAUUAUUUGUGCUCAAGAUGGCAAGCGUGUAAUUAAAGCCACAACUACAACGAGGACACGUCUUGUCUUUUGAGUCAAAGUUUAGCUAGCUGUCUAGUUGAA